GUGAACCUUGCCCAACCUUGCCUUGCAUCGACCAUGUUGACCUAACAAUCCUAGCAGUUUUGUGAUGGCGCCCAAAUUGCCAAAUCAUUUGGCAUCGCUGCUGCGACACCAGCCAGCGGCUUCGCCAGUGGCCGCCUCCAGUGCUGCCAAAACCAGUCAGGAUGGUAAGGCAGCACGGAAGAAAGCCGCCAGGGUAAAGCGAAGAGCAAAGGCCAAGGAGGAUCGUGCUGCAGACCGUGCAGAGAGGGUGGAAAAGAAGAAGCAGCUACAGGAGGUAGAGGUCAAAGCGGACCCUCCUGAAAGUACCAUCGCCAAGAAGAAGAAGAAACUGGUGCCCAAGAAAAAACGUGCUGCAGUUGCCAAGAGAGAAGGCGAAGAAAAUAAGGCUCCGAAGCCCACGGGCCCCAAGGCCUCAGCGGCCUCAGCGGCCAGUCCCUUUGACCCGGCAGCAGCAGCAGACGAGGCGCUGCUGCUUGAUCUGGAGAAGAAGUUGGGCAUUGCAGGCGACAGCAAGCGCCGGCGCAAGGAGGAGAAACAGAUUUUUGCAGAUCUUUUUGAGGCCGAAGAUUUGGGAAUCGAGCAGCUUCCAUCAUCCGAUGAGGAUGAGACAAAGGCUGGCUUGGAAGCUUUGAAGGAUGAGGACAUGGUGGGUUUGCUUGACAGCAUUUUGGGGGGUAAAACAGCCUCCAAAGGGCCAAACAAGGCCAAAGUGAGCAAGAAGAAAUCCAAGGCAAAGUGAGAAGUAAGGAGUUUCACCAAGGAGGAAGGAUAUUGGUUACGAGUUUGGCAAAGCCGUUGCUGACGAAAAAA